AUGACGACGACGACGACCGCCGCUGCAGCUCCCUCGUCGCACGCGGGUCAGGACUUGUCUACCCCACCAUCAGGUCCCCAAUCGUCGUUGGCGAGGAAAGACAAAGGGGCGGACGCAUUCGAUGCCGUAGUACAAGCUGCCAACCCCAGCCAUCCCAACCAUGCGGCCUGGGUAGAGCGGUACGGGGGCAGCCUGCCGCGGAGGACCAAGGCACCAGAUGUCUCUGCGUCGACAGAGGCAGGACCAAGUGGCACCUCUACGACCGCGUCUCAUGCAAGCGUGAGGCCGAGGGCCAGCACACUGGAAUCAAGGACGGAGAAUAGGGGCGAUAGAAGCGCAGACUUGGCUUCUGUACGUCGCAACGGGCGGACACGAGGACAUCUCAACAGCAUCACUGCUGGGCCAUUGGAAUCUGGGGCGAACUCCCCGCUGAGCCGUGAGAAGCAGGGAGCCAAAGGAGGAGGAGGAGGAGGAGGGGGAGGGGGAGGGGGAGGAGAAGGAGGAAAGAAGAGAGAAGAGAAUGCAACAGCGGUGGAGGUCAAGAUGGGGGACGAAGAGGAAGGCACAAGAAAGCCAUCAACAAUGGAAGAUGGGACAACAACGCCAACUGACAAGACGAUGAGGAAGAAGAAGAAAAAGACGAGCAGCGAGAAGAAGGGAAAGGCGAGAGCGGCGCCCCCUCCUAUCCCCCCGCCACGAGUCUCUAGCUCAGCAUAUGCCCAGGAAGCCUCGUGGAGCCCAACCACGGCGUCGAUGCCGUCGCCUGCUGCUUCUUCCUUUCUUGGCUCUCACUCGCGUACUCAAUCCUCGUCGACGAAUGCGCACCAAUCAUCGGCCUUUCACAGCGCUCAGUCUCACCUGUCGGCCUCUUCUCCUAUGUCGACUUCGUUUCCCAUGACAGCCCCGUCUCCAAGCGCGGCCACUGCGCCUACGUCGGGUACCGCCUCUUCUUCUUCCGACUCCCCCGCGGCAUCGCCUUUUCCAGCUCACCCAAAGUCCCCGGGCAGCGGCAGUUACAAAGGCGCGAGAUCGUUGGGAACUCCAACUUCCGUCAAUGCUUCACCUCUCCUCGGUCCCCGAUUCUCCUCUACCGCACCAGCUGCGGGUGCGGCAACGACGCGCUCUUCUUUCUCGGUGGACUCAACGGCGGGAAAGUCAGUCGACUUUUACCUUCCCAAUGAUGGAUUGCACAAGCGUAGACCCAGCAAUGAAGGGCUCGGUGUGAUGCGGAAAGGUCUCGACCUCUUUGUCUCGCCAUUUCGGGGCAAGGGACGAAGUAACAAAGAGGGCAGCAGCAUGGUCCCCUUUACUCACAGCGAUCGGAUCGCGAGCGGCCAAGAGCAAGAUGUUGCCAGACUGGCAAGGAAUAGCAUCGAUAUCUCGUCGGUCCCUUCGGGCAAGCCUUCGAUUUUGAGGAAUGCCGGUCUAGCAGUGCAGCAGCAUCAAGCACGUGCCUCUACCACGCAGCGAAGACCGCUCAGCAACAUCGAGGACGCCCAAGAGACGGAGAUUUCAGCAAACGAGCUCGAAGGCAAGUCCACAGCAUUGUACUGCGCCUCUGUCGAUGCAAAUGUGGCGAGAGGCGAGGAAAUCAAGGAGGGGAAAACGAUCGUGGAGACGCCGGAGAAAGAUGGACAAAGGGGGAAGGGAGAAGCCGAGGGAGGACCUGGAGAAAAGUCGGAGGAUGGCGAGGACUUUUUCGAUGCGAAAAGCGAUGAGGGGGACGAGGGCGACACCGACGAAGAUAGAAAGGGCAAGGGCACGGUCACUUCGAGCCGGUCAAGGAAGAAAAGUGUUAAACGGAAGAGCCUCGAUUCUCUCAAUGCCGCCCGGGCAGCGCGCAUGCUGGCAGUCGAGGAGGCCAAGGGGCAGCCUCUCCCGUCUGUGGGAAUGCAGUCUGGCCAAGUCGACGUGGAUUCUGCCUCGUCAUCGGCAGAUGAGGAAGUGUUGGCGACACCACCAAAACCGGAAUCGCGAGAGACGAAUGUAACAGUCGGUACAAGGAAAAUGCGUUCGCGGGCGGCGCGAGCGUUGAUCUGGGGCGAGAAAGAGGGAGAAGGAGAUCAGAGCCAGACUCAACCCUCCUCGAUCGCCGCUGGUGACGAAGCUAAGCGUCCAGAGGCUCCCAGCGUCGCUUCCGAGAACAUGAAUGGCCUUUUACAUCAGGCGCCGACGAGCAUCGCGCGAGCAACGUCAUUGACGAGCCUCAACAACAAGGCGACGGAGACCGAGGAGGGCAGGCGGCAGCUUUUUGACGCCAACACCUACUAUAUCCCUCCCACUUUUCCAAAAUCGAGCUCUGCAACAGGCCAUCCGGAUCGAGGAGUGCCUUUGCCCAGCACAGACCUCGUCGGCCAGUCUGCGUCGUCAAGGAAUCGCUUGGUACCCUCGAGAAGCUCCAGGAGCCUGACGGAUGCAUCUGUGGCCCCUUCUCCGCCCAUACUUGCUCCCGCCGAACCGUGGGCAGAGCAAGGGAGAGCGAGCAAAGGAAAAUUGUCUGCUACCAGCGCAGCGACGCCGCCAUCAUCAAGUGAUGGCGCCACGAUUCCGCAGCAGAUUUUUCCCCAGACGCCCGCUCAGGAUUCGGAUACAACAUCGACAGGUGCGCGAUCUUUCGGCCGCUCAGGUGGCCGCUCUUUGACGAGUAUGCUGGGCAAGGUACGAAGGGACCGUGUACAGAGCCGUAGCCGAAAGCACCAGGCGUCAAGCUCAGCCACAACGCAUGGUAGCGCUCCUGCUACGCCUCAAGACCAUAGCAGCAGCAUGGGCUACGUGGCAGAUACAUCGGCGGAUUUCAGCACAAGCACAUCGACUCCGAUAGGUCUCGGUAUAGAUUCUUUACCUUCGACCUCCUCCUCGACGGGUCCGGGUCCGGGCACUUGGCGCUCUCGCGUCGUUUCCUUGACCUCGAAAAAGCACUUGCAGGAGGGCGGAAGGAAGACUGCAUCUCCUGAUGUGGAAAUGAUGCCGACGAGGCCGAGCCUCACCCAAGAAAAGGUGCAAGAAAAGGCGCGGGCCGAUGACGGUUGGAAGCGCAACCUUCUCUCAGAGGCUGUCGGGCUCAGCCUUACUUCGGUGCCUGCCGUGAGACCAGGGGAGAAUCCAGAUUCUCCGCAACGAGAUAAGGCUGUGCGACGGGCAGGCGCCCGUCGACUAUUUGGGAAGUCGCCAUUGCCGCCGUCGAUGCCAGUAGCCGAUGACGACGAACAAACAAGUGGACGAGCGGAGCAUACAAUCCGCAAGACGCUGAGUCCAGCGCUCCUUACCAACGCCACCCACGAGGCAGAUGAGGUUGCCAGCUUUGUUGGCUCGGAGGCAGCAGAGGAAGAGCGCCUCGUCGAGAAGCAGCAGCGUCGUCUAGAAGGGCAAGUUCGGGAGCCAGAUGAUGACGGAAUUCCUCUCCCAGACGCUACCAAUGACAUGCCAAUGCGCGUCGAGCUUAUUCGACCUAGUAUCGAUGGACAGAGCCCGGCAGCUCUAAACCUGCUCGAUCGGGGCCAUCGGCAACCGUUGCGCCACGCGCAGUCGCUCGACGGGACAAAGCGAAAUUCCUUCUCUCUUCGGCAGCUCCAGGACGCUGUGGACAAUCCGAAAGCUGUAAGACGCGCUGCACCACCUCCGAGUCUGGACCUCAACAGUCCACCGAGAAGUAGAGCCCCACUUUCCGCCUUCGAUCAAGAUGAAUGGCUAUCUGUCAGCAAUGCCUACAACUCCAGUCCACAGACACCGACGACGGCAAUGAGCAGCAGCAAAGCCAGCGACGCAAAGGUUUGGACGACCUCUACCCCGGGCCAAGGGCGUCCGAGCCCAGGCAGGACAUCAUUUGCCCUCGAUCGAGAUCGCUCGCCCAUCAUAUCACCCAUGCUUACAAACGGAGGCCCCGCGUCUUCUUCGUCUUCCUUUACUGAAUCGACAAAGUCACCAAGAUUGCUGUCCGUUUUUCGCAGAACGAAGCCGGCCAAUCAUCAGCGUCAGCCUGUGACCGCGGCAACGUCACCAUCCCAGCAUCUCUACCAUCACCAAUCUGUUACUCCAGCAGGGACAUAUCAGAACGGAUGCGAUGAAGAGGCAGUCGAAGUGCUCUCACCGGCAGGUGACUCGCUUGAGGCGGCGCAAAGGGCGACAAAGAUGCUGGCCAUUCAGACUGACACGAUGGUUCUGACGCCCUCGACAACAUCUGAGUUCCUCACGUCGAGCCUGAGCACAGCGCCGCCUUCCUCUCUUCCGCCCAGCCCUCGAUUAGCGCACAGUCUACGGUCUCACCGAAAUGCAAGUUCGUCCAACGUCAACCUGGACGUCACAGGCUUGGGCGUCAGCGGCGGUGCAAACCCAGAGGCGAACAAUCUGACAAAUCCCUUGGUACCUGCUGCGUUCGCGCUCGCAAGUAAGAAGGAUCACUCUAACACAGCUUCGGUCUCACUGGCGGCCUCGAAAGAAGAUUCGACGACGAAUUUGACGGCACCGUACACCGACCACGCACCAAAUACGCCUGUCUCGCCAGAGAUGGAUGCAUUUGGAAAGAUGCUCAAGGCGUCGGCAGAGGCAGAUGCAGCUCGUAUCAAGGACAUUGCGCAAAGAAAGCAUCAGCAGCAUCGGCAACUGCAGCAACUUGAUGCAUCUUCGAGACCUCCUGUUGCGCACGAAAAGGACCUCACCUGA